UGGACAGAGAAAUAGAGAACAGAGAAAUGCGUGGCUGCUGAGUCUCCUGACUUUUGCUCUAGGUGUGUUAGACAGGAGGGAAGAAAUUAUGUGGGACCUCCACUGGUAUGCUGAUGCAUAAACUCACCCAAUGACUGCACCAGGAUAACCUGGAAACAGCCAGAGGAAUCUAGCAGCUGAUAAGUAGAGAGCAGAGUAAAGUCCAUCAUUCAGACAAUGACACAUUUAGGUUGUUUUGAAUGAAUGACAGUGCUGACUUGGAUUUAAGUAGUUUUUUUUUGUGUGUUUACAUACAUAUCCGGUGAACAGUGAAGCAACUGUAGCCCACUUUUUUUAGAUAGUCUGCAAACUGUAGGACAAUGCAGGAGGAUGAUGAUGAUCCUAAAUAUACAAGCAAAUGUUUUUUAUGACCCAGCAGUGGGAAGUCCUCCACUGGCAUUGUCAUUCACCUGACCUCAGUGCAGCUGAGCAGUUGUGCCACUUGCCAAAAGAACAAAGGCAAAAGUCCAGUUUAUAGUUCAGGUCCAACACAGAAUCACCAGGGGAGAUAUAAGUGUCCUCUGGGAUCACAGACUUCAGACAGUCAAUGACUGAAAACAGUUUGACACCAAAUGUUAUAUAUCAUGAUAAAGUUUGUUUUAAUUGGUCAAAUGAAAAGCUACAAUUCCUACACAGUUGGUCUGUGGAUAUAAACACCAUCAAGGUAAAGAGGAAAGAUUAACCUCAUAGUCAUGGUUUCAUUUCAAAGCCAAUGUGCUGAAGCACAGAUAAAUUACAACAGAACUAACAAAUAUGUGUAUCAAUGAAAAUAGUCUUUCUUGAACAGUUUUAGCAGUCGUAUUACAGUUCCCUUAUUAAUUUUUCCUUUGAAUUUUGCCUCAAUGUUUUUCAGGUCUACUCACUCACACCACCACACUGGCUCCCUUUACUUUGUUCACCUGUCACAGGCUGGCGAGACAUACCAGCACUCAGGGGCAUAGAGAGUUUCCAGAGGACCAGAGUAGAGAGCUCGUGAGACACCAGGAGAUUUGUUGGACCUCAACUAUAAACUGGACUUUUGCCUUUGGUCUGAUUUUCGGCGAGUGACACACCUGCUCAGCUGGACUGAGGUCAGGAAAAUGAGUGAGCUGGAGGAUAUCAGCCACCACAUUCAUGACAGGAUAUCAUCCAUUCAACGUAUGCUGGACCUGUCAGUUGCAGAAGUUCCUCAUAAUAACAUUAAGAAACUUGGACAAGAACUCUUUGCACUUGAGAGACUUGUGGGGGAGUUUGAAAACUGUAUUGGUCAGCAUAAAGACCAACUAAAACACCUGAAGGAACUUGAGGAGUUAUUCCAAAAGGAUGUGGAGGAUGUCCAGCAUCUUAAAGAUAACAUACCUGCACACAUGCCCAGGAAGAAAUGCACAGCAAAUGGAAAAGAAGCUGUAAUGAAGCAGAGCGAAGCAGCAGACGUACAGCACCCCCAACCAGAACAUGUCAAGAAGACCAACAAGAGCUAUGUAAGAGAGAUGGAGUUCAUCACUAUGCCAGAGUUUGAGAGCAUCCCUCAGUAUAUGAAAGGACGUGUAUCAUACGAUCAACUUAAUGCAGCAGUGAGGAGCAUUAACACAGCUGUUGCAGCCAAAUACAAGAUCCUCCAUCAGUCUGCGAAAACUCUCAACAACCAUUCACGCAAGCUGUACCAGCGCUUUAAGGAUCAGGAAACAAAAGAUACAAAAGGUCAGUAUUUUGUGGUGGAGGAUGACUUCCGUGAAUUUACUCAGAUGAAGGUGGACAAGCGACUUCAGGGGAUUCUGAACAUGCUGCGACACUGCCAGCGCCUACGGGAACUACGAGGGGGAGGCCUUACCCGCUAUAUGUUGUUAUGAAUCAACACCACAAUGAGGCAGAUGUGUUUGUUUUGUUGUUUUUCUAUAUAUAUGGUUGUUAUUGUGAAAUAAUUUGUAAAUGUGCACAUUUCCUGGUAAAUGGUAGCCACUAUGGCAUGAAGGUUUUUAUAGACUGCAUACCUUUAAGGUUAUUUUAUCCACCAUGCUGGCAUGUCAAAUGCUACAUGUGGGGUUGUUUGAAUCAUCACUUAAAUGACAAUAACCAGUAGUUUCAUUAGGCUAGAGGCCUUGUUGACUGAUAUAGUAUAUUCCUCCAUCCAUUAACUAUACCACUUAUCCUGUAAGCUAGAGGGUCAUGAUGGGCAGGCUGGACAAUGGGCGAUAGGUGGAGCACACCCUGCACAGGUUGCCAGUCAACCAUACGGCAUCCCUCAAAAUCACAAAGCAACUUUGUGUCCCUAAAAAGAACUACUGUGAUUAGUGUUUUUCUACUCAAAAUAUCAUCUAAAUGUACACAUUUACCAAAUGUAUCUGGGUAUAUGCUUUCAUCAUCCACACCUGUAUGUGCAAACCUGCUCAUAUACUGGUAUGUAUGUGUGUAUGUAUGAUUAAGAAACUAAAUUGAAUAAAAAUCAAAGGAAAGCAGUUAA